AUGACUCAUGUUGGAAGUGAAUAUGAAAAUUAUCUUCUUAAGAAGAAGAUGAGUCAAAUCCCAGUUCCAACAGAUGAUGCAGAUAUCAUGAAAAUGCUUAGAAAAGUUGGAGAACCAAUUUGUUUGUUCGGAGAAGAUCCAGCUGACAGAAGAGAAAGACUUAAAAGAGUUUUAGCACAAGGAAUAGCAACAGAUGUAUUCGAUGAAGAGGAAGAAAUAAGUUUUAUUCCAAAAUAUGAUACAGGAGGGAAUGAAAUUAGCGAAAUGAAGAAAUUUUUAAUCUCUUUUUCAAUUCCUCGAGCACACUUACGUAUGCAAGCUGAAAGACAAAUCGAUCAAGAAAGAAUUAAUACUACAAAUCAAUUAGGAUCUAAUUUCAAAGAUUAUUCAGUCACUGCUUGCGAUCAUGCAGAUACUCGUCCACUUUCAUCAUUAUAUUGUCGUAAUAACAUGUUUUUAAUAGGUUCUAGAUCAGGAAAUAUCUCAUUAUGGAAUCUUUCAAAUUUAUCUAAAAUUUGUGACUUCAACGGCCACUCCAAUCGAAUUAUAGAUGCUAAAUUUCUUACAGACGAUAUAAUAAUAUCAUCAUCUGCCGAUAAAACCAUCAGAAUUUGGAAAUCUCCAAAUUCAGAAAGUUGUAUCGCAAUGAAUUCAGAAAUUUCGUCAAUGGACAUUCAUCCAUCACAGAGGUAUAUCAUUGCUGGUUUGAGUGAUGGCACUUUUAAUGUUAUUGACAUAGAAAGAGAAACAAACAUUGUUACAAUGAAAUCCAACGAUGGAUCAGUGACAGCAGUUUCUUCUCAUACUGAUGGUGGCCUUGUUUUUUGCGGCGGCAAUGAUUCUGUCGGAAAAUUGUGGGAUUUAAGAAAUUGUCACGCAAUUAAAACAAUGAUGGGACACUCUCGGCAGAUAACAUGCUCAUCAUUCGAUACUGGAUUCCAUUGCAUAACAGGAUCUUAUGAUAAUACUGUUAUUGUUUGGGAUUUACGAAAUUUAACAAGAUCUAAGAAAAUUGGCGCACAUCUGGCUCCGAUUUCAUCUGUAUCUAUCUAUGAUGAUCUUCUAAUGACAUCAUCCGUUGAUCAAACCAUGAAAAUUUGGAGUCUUCUUGAUUUCAGAAUUUAUUCUGUUUUAAAGAACCACAAUGUUCCUAUACUAAGAGCAAAGUUUAUUGAGAAUGAUCCGAAAUCACUUCUAACUGUAGGAAAAGACGGAAUGUGGAGAUUAUUUACUCAUCCAAUCUUUUAA